AUGCUUUGUUUAGUUGGUUCCAUCUACCGGAAGCACACGGCAGUCAUGUUUUGUAAAUAAACUGUUCGAUUUUUAAAUUUGUAGUCUUAUGGCAUUCGGUUUAGAAGGGGUACGAUCGUAAUUUGUACAUAUUUAAGUGCUCGAUGAAUCUGUUAAUGUAACGUUAUUAGUUUAGGAAUUUAUAUUGGUGGAUAUAAACUUUAAGCAGGCACCUCACUCCAUUGGUACCGCCAUUUAACCUCCAUAAUGUGGGAUGUUGAGAUCAGGGGCAUGGCAUCGGCUCAUGCCAUUAUUGCCUCCUCCAUCUUCAUGGCAACCGUGAUGCCUGCUGUCUUCGUGGAAAACUUCUCUGUUUAUGGGACCCACAUGAUUUGGCUGUAUUGUGUAGCUGGAUCUAUUGCUGUGGUCAACAUCGCAGUUUUUUGGCUUCUUGGCAUCAGCCCGCCAGCAAAGAAGAACACACUGACCUACAAGAUCAACAGAUUGUUAAAAUCAUGUCUGCACUUUCUUCUGUCAUGCCUUUUUUUUCACACCGUGGUGGUACUCUACGGAGCACCUUUGCUUGAGUCAGCUCUGGAGACGUUUUCUCUGGCCGUGCUGCUGUCCACGCUCACCACAUUGAGAUGUCUCUGUAUCCUGGGUCCUAAUGUACAGGCAUGGAUCCGAGUUUUCAGCAGAGAUGGGGCGAUGUCGGUGUGGGACACGUCUCUUCAGAUUACCACAGGCUGUAGUGUGAUUGGGGCCUGGCUGGGAGCUUUCCCUAUUCCUCUCGACUGGGACAGACCCUGGCAGAUGUCUAGACGAGACCGAUUCAUUACUGGAGAGAGGGGAAGCUGUAGGGAGGCAGUGAUUCCUCCACACGUGAUGAUGGGAGCGUGAACUCUGGGGUGGUUCAAUCCUGAUGUCUAGCUUUAGAGAGUGGACGAGCCGUGUGACUCACACACAGAUUCUCUCCUCCUCAUUGCCAUGACACUCUUGUAAUAUUGCAGCCCGUAUUAUGGUCUUGAGAUAACUGGAUAAUCAAUUCUGAGACCCAAAUCAAGUAUGAAGCGAAGAAAUCUUAUUCUCUGUAUAAAACAAACAGAAAUGAGUGCUGAUCGUUAUGUAUUAGCCUAUAUUCAAAAAUUUAGGGUCAUUAAUAGUUUUUUUUUAUUUAAAAAAUGAUAAUUUUAUUUAGAAAGGUUGCAUGGCAUUGAUCAAAUCCGGUAAGUACAUAAUAUUGAACCUUCUUUACAUCAAAUAAUCUACACACAAAAAGCAAUGAUAAGAAAUCAGCAUUUUAGUAUUGUCACCACAGGAAUAAAUUAAAUUUCAGAUACAAAAUCUUUAAAUUACUGCAGUAAUAUUAGUGUUUUACCGUAUUUUUUAUUAAAUAAAAUAUUAUGCGCUUGCUUGGUAAGCACAUAACAUUUCUAUCAAAACAUUCUUUAAGACCCCAAAAUUUUGAAUGGUAGCCUUAUUUUUUUUUGUGUGUCUGUCAUAUUUCUUAAUAUAUAAAAAAGAAUUUAAUAUGUAUGUGCAACACUGAAAUAAGGCAUUCAAAUCUAUAUAAAGAAGCAACGCGACUAAAAAAAGGCAACAUUUUUGAAAAACCUGUUUUAUACUCAUUAAAGAUCUUGAGGCAAGUCAUUAAAAUUUACAUUUUUGUUUAUCUACUGCGGAUUGGGCAUCAUCAGCAAGUUUUCAUAUUAAUUAUGUUCUUCCACAAAACCAUUGUGCCUUUCAAUUUUUAGAUUUGCAUUCCAUAUAUUUACUAUUUAUAAAGGCUUUUUUUUUUUUUGUAGUUGUUGCUCACAAUGUGCUGGAAGCUUUAAAAGACCACUCAGACCACUCCACAUAUUUGCAUGGACUGCGAGAAAUUCAUAAAAAAAAUAAAAAUAAAAAUUGAAUAAAAUUUUAAAAUCACCUUGAUAUGAAGCAAAAAUUCAAAAUGCAAAGCAGUCGGCACACACCUGAGAGGCAAGGCCACCAAUACAUAACACUCAAAACUCUACGUUAAAAAAAGAAAGAGGAAUAAAGCAGUCUCAAAUAGAAAAUUUGGUUGGUAAAACACCACAGUGA